GUGGUGCGUUCGCGGCGCCGCAUGACAGACUACUCGUCGUCGGCGCGCGAGUCCCUGUCAACAGCACUUGGAGAAUAUAUUGUUAUAACGCUGUAUCCGUAUAUUUCUUUUUUCGCUCUCUCUCUUCCAUUUUUCGAAAAAAAUAAAUCCCUUUUAAUAUCCACUCUUCCCUCCGGUAACGAUAUUUCGAUCAAAUAAAAACGACAACACGAAAAAUACUACAAAGUGCCAAAGAAAUAGUAAUAUCUGAACGACGCAAUGGCGAUGGGAAAGGGUUUUCGAGUAUACGAAAAACUGAAACCGCCGAGUCCGCACUCGUUGAUCUUGGAACAUCGAAAUCGAAAAGACACAGUACUUUUUGAGUCACAAGCAGUCGCCGUUCUCUCGGCUCAAGAGACAGAAUCUUUGAAAGCUCAAUAUACGAAGCUCCUCGAUGCUUAUGGUUGCUUAGGAGUUUUGCAACUGAAUGCCGGUGAAAAUACCUUGCUCUAUUUGGUACUCGUUACCGGAUGUUUUUCCGUUGGAAAAAUUGGCGAGUCUGAAAUUUUUAGGAUCACUCAAACUCACUUUGUUCCUCUGCAUUAUACGCAAGGCAAUGAAGACCGAGUCUCAGAGGUGCGAAAAGUUCUUAACUCCGGAACAUUUUAUUUCUCAUGGUCAUCCGGCCAGGCGGAAGAUCGUCCAGCGUUGGACAUUACUUUGGGAGCUCAGAGGAGAUGCAAAUCCAGUAUAACAGACAACAGAUUCUUCUGGAACCGUAUGCUGCACAUCCAUCUGUUGAGAUACGGAGUUAAUACUUCGCAUUGGCUAUUGAAAGCCAUGUGCGGGAGUGUUGAGAUAAGGACAGUUUAUGUUGGUCAUAGGCAAGCGAGAGCUGUGGUGGUGUCACGAUUAAGCUGUGAGCGUGCAGGCACAAGGUUCAACGUGAGAGGCACCAAUGACGAUGGGCACGUAGCGAAUUUCGUGGAGACUGAGCAAGCGAUUUAUCUCGACAAUGAAGUGACGUCAUACGUACAGACCAGAGGUUCUGUGCCUCUGUUCUGGGAGCAGCCCGGAAUCCAAGUUGGUUCACACAAAGUGAAAAUAUCACGAGGGGUUGAAACAGCAGCACCGGCGUUCGAUCGACAUUUGAGUCUAAUAAAAAAAAGAUAUGGUCAACAGGUGAUCGUAAAUCUUCUCGGUUCAUCGCUGAUCGGUAGCAAAGAGGGCGAAGCAAUGCUGAGUCAGAUGUUUCACCGACGUCAUACAUUAUCGCCGCAUACCGACGUGCCUCACGUCCUUUUCGAUUAUCAUCAAGAAUGUCGCGGCGGUAACAUGAAAAAUCUUUCCAAACUGAAGGCCAAAGUUGAAAAAUACUUGGACUCGUUUUCGCUCUUCUACGCAAUCGGGAAUUCUGUGAUGAGUGAACAAAUUGGUACAAUACGCACAAAUUGUUUGGAUUGCUUGGACAGAACGAAUUGCGUUCAAACGUUCUUCGCCCUCGAGAUAUUGGGCAAACAAUUGGCUCUAUUGAAAUUAAUGGAGAAACAGCAAAUGGUCUCAAGAUUCGAGGAGGUAUUUCGUCAAAUGUGGAUCAACAACGGCAACGAAGUGAGCAAGAUUUACGCGGGAACCGGGGCGAUUCAAGGCAGCUCGAAAUUGAUGGAUGGGGCACGUUCCGCCGCGCGGACUAUACAAAAUAAUCUUUUGGAUUCGAGUAAACAAGAAGCCAUCGACAUUUUACUUUUAGGAUCAACUCUCAAUACUGAACUCGCUGACAGAGCUCGCCUUUUACUGCCAUCCAAUAUGCUUCAUGCACCACCUAGCGUUUUGAGAGAAAUGUGCAAACGAUACAACGAAUACGUCGUACCGACUAAUCUCAGAAUUGGUAUUGGAACUUACAACGUUAACGGUGGGAAACACUUUCGCAGCGUCGUUUACAAAGACCCUCUUACAGACUGGCUACUCGAUGCCCCUCGAAAAUUUUCCUCCCUCGUCGCCCCGGAAUUUGACAACGUACCUGUGGACGUUUUCGCGAUAGGUUUCGAAGAAAUCGUCGAUCUGAACGCCAGCAAUAUAAUGGCUGCAAGUUCGGACAAUGCGAAAGCUUGGGCGGAGGAGUUGCAGAAAGUUAUGUCGCGAGACAACGAAUACGUUCUCGUAACUUAUCAACAAUUAGUCGGAGUGUGCCUCUAUUUAUUCAUUCGGCCCGAACACGCUCCUUACUUACGUGACGUCGCGGUCGAUUGCGUCAAAACAGGAUUAGGUGGAGCGACCGGCAACAAAGGAGCGGCAGCGAUUCGUUGCGUGCUCUAUUCAACUUCAUUUUGUUUCGUUUGCGCUCAUUUCGCUGCAGGACAGUCUCAAGUCAGCGAACGUAAUGCCGAUUACGCGGAAAUCACAAGAAAAAUCGCUUUCCCCAUGGGACGAACGCUCAAUACUCAUGAUUACGUUUUCUGGUGCGGUGAUUUCAACUAUAGAGUCGAUAUGGACAAGGAUGAGAUGAAAGAGAUGAUCAAGAGGAACGAGUUUGAUCAAAUAUUGCAAAACGAUCAAUUGAGGACACAACAGGAACAGGGUAACGUUUUCAAAAAUUUCCUCGAGGGACCCAUCAAUUUCGCACCAACUUACAAGUACGAUCUCUUCUCCGACGAUUACGACACGAGUGAAAAAUGUCGUCAACCAGCGUGGACGGACAGGAUUUUGUGGAAAAGGCGGAAACAAGUUCCUGACAUUGAUUCUCCAUCAGAUUGGAACCCAGGUCGUUUGAUACACUACGGUCGAGCAGAGUUGAAGCAGAGUGAUCACAGGCCGGUAAUAGCGUUCAUCGACGUGGACGUUCACAGCGUAGAUCCGGACAAGCGUGAAAAAGUAUUUCGCGAGGUGAUACAAGAUCUCGGUCCCCCGGACGGAACGAUAAUCGUAAAAUCUGAGGUGGAAAACGACGAUACGGAUGGGGCAUUUGACGACAGUUUCAUGAUGGCUCUUUUGCAAGAUCUUUCGCACAUUGGAGAAGUGAUACUGGUACGUUUCGUCGGUGAAACGAUUUGGGUGACUUUUAGAGAUGGUCAGUGCGCUUUAGCUGCAGCGCGAAGAGGAAUGACCCAGGUUUGCGGUCAGACUCUGAAGUUGUCUCUGAAAUCGCCCAAUUGGUUGCAACUCAUCGAGAAAGAAAUUGAGAUCUGCAGCAACACGACGGUAGCUCAAUACGACGAGAAUUCUCCGAGUAGCGUUUCGGUCGGUUUCGAACAUUUGGAAAUUGGCGAAUCGCAUUCAGGCCGCGCUAGUCCUAACGGCGGCUUGCCUCCGCCAAGGCCACGAGCACCUCCGGGACGUCCUUCUCAGCCGCCCAGAAGCCCCAUACGCGAACGUCGACAGGUUCCUCGCGCUGGUGUCAUAAGCAUAAUGCCUAAUCAAUUUGGAACAACGAACAUGAGACAACAAUCCCCGAGUGAAGAGAACGACGACGCCAGACGAUUGUCCCCGGAAUCAGCGAUUUACGAAGAAAUUUUAGACGAAUCACCCAGCUAUCCCGUACCCACGAGACCACCCCCGCCUUUGCCACGUCUCGAAGGAACUCAGGAGUCCGCCCGGCCUCCCAGCUCUGUACCGCCACCUUUGCCUCAAAGGCAAGCUCCUCUUCCACCACCACAGCAUCCACCACCCAGCUUACCACCGACCAGCAUGCCACCCCCUGUUCCAGCAAGAACCGCCGGUGGUCCUCCCAUUCCUGCUCGGAAUCAAGCAUAAGAUCCCUCAAUCUCGUAGUUCUCUGUUUAAGCACGCUUUACACAUUCCUUCGCACUCCUACAUUUUAUUCGAUUGAAAUUUCGGUAUUCAUGGUGCUCUAUCUUUUGCCUGAGUGCAGGAGAAACGUUUAAAUAGCAUAUUAACAUUUAUGGGUUUAUGGAUAUGGAAGGGGCGUGCAACUCGGUUUCAAUUGAUCUACUAACCGAUUUUGACGACGAGAAUGUCGAAAUUUUAUCCAUUUUUUAGACAAAUUUAUCACGUAUGAUUUUUAUCACGUACAUAUUUUUGAAUUAUUUAGUUUUUCGAAGAGAAAUUCUUAUCAAGAAUCAUGAGUGUGUUUUUGGGGGAGUUUUAGCAUAGCGUUUUUUUUGAGUCCUAAUUGAAGUUAGAAAAUAAACUUUAAAGUAUAAUAAUUGCGAAUUUCUUCAACUUUUAAUGAACAAUUUAAUACUGGAAUUCCAAUCGAAUAAAAUGUUCGGUUAGGUACGGAACAUCUUCGAUUGAUUUACCUUCCGUUUUGGGUCCUUGCCAAUUAUACCGAUUCUCCGUGCUCUCUUCGUCUCUCUUGCCAAUAGAGACCUAUCGAUAAGAUUAGUCACAAGAUAUCGUCUACUAGUCAAACGAGUAUUGCAUCGUCACGAUUAACGAUCCAAACUAUACUUUGACCUGACGAUUGAAGCAAAAAUUUACUUUUCAUUUGUAUUUUGUUUUUAAUUGUCGACAAGUCGUCGUAUCUUCCUGAGAAAACGGAAUGACUCAGAGUUCGGUAAAAAAAAAAAAACAAAUCAUAGUACUAAUUAUUUUGGAGCCCAAAUCGUUUAUUACGAAUUAAUUGAUCAAUCAACGAGUAAUCAAAUAAUAUUUGUCGAGUCGUCGUAUGAAACUCGCCAAAAGCAACAUUCCAUGAAUUUUUCAAAACAAAAGUUCAUUCGUGAAGAGUCCGCAGUACCUCUCAAUAAAAGGCGAGUUCCUACGAGAAAAUCUAUAUAAAUUCCGUCGCUACGUUUGUUUUCGUUUUGUUUCGUUUGCUCAAUUUAGAUAGUUAGAUUUUCUUUAGUUGCAUCUUAGUCGCGAGUUUGAAAAGUGGCUGUUUUACGAAAAUCAACGUGGCCACAGCGGGGAUCGUAUACUUUUAUGAAUUAUAGCUCUGAACCCACGUCUCGAAUUCUAAUUCGGAAGAUGAAGAUAAAAACAAGAACAAACCGCGUAAGCAAUUGUUGACCAAUCAUUGUAAGCUUAUUGUACGUGACAGAAAAGUGACGUGUCCCGAUUGUAUUAAAAUAUUGAGGUGAAAGCCGGAGAAAUCAAUAAAUGCGGGAAUGAUUAAACGGAUAUAAUAAUGUUAUGAAUGCUGAGAAAGAAAAUGAGAGUCAAAUGAAAAUAUUUAUUUUGCAAAUUUCAAGCGUCGAAUCGAAAAUUCUGUAAAUAUGUAGAAGACUAUACUUGUAGGCGAAUGAGAAAAAAGAUGCAUCGAUAGACAUCGAUUGAUCGUUAGUAAAGAACGUAGAAGCAUGCGAAUGAAUGCGAAGAGGAAUCAAAAGGCCAUGCGAUAGAUAAUGCAGUAUGUAGUUCAGUUUUAGAUCACUAAUGCUUGGUCUCGUACGUCACCAUCUGUACGUCCAUAAACGGCAGGACCGUUCGUUUAGUCGCGUUUUAGUGUUAGAGCAGUCCCGUUUAACGUUACGUGCAUCAGUAAACGAAAAAUAUGUAUUUAAUGAAAAUAAUCGUGAUCCACGCCGGUCGGAUUUGCAAGUAAUAAAAGAAAAAAUGAUAGUACGAUGAAACUGAAACGAAAUACUCGAAAAAUGAAUUAUAACAUUGUUGUGAGAACAAUUGAAUAUAUAUAUAUAUAUAUAUAUAUGCCGAAAAUACCCACUAUGACGCGAAAUUUCAACGCAACGUGUAAUUUGACGUGUAUUAUAUGUUACUGAAAUGAAAAUAAAAUGAAUAGUGCAUAACCCGGA